GCUUGCUUGAGUGCGGUUGUGUGGCUCUGCGUCUGUCUGUGCGUGUGCGUGUGCGUGUGCGUGUGGGUGUACGUGUGCGUGUGGGUGUGCGUGUGCGUGUGCGUGUGGGUGUACGUGUGCGUGUGCGUGUGCGUGUGGGUGUACGUGUGCGUGUGCGUGGGUGCGUGUGGGUGGGUUCUGUGCUUCACACACACACACACACACAGACACACACAGAGAGAGAGAGAGAGAGAGAGAGAGAGAGAGAGAGAGAGAGAGAGAGAGAGAGAGAGAGAGAGAGGUCUACGCGGGAACACAUGAACAGUGUGCUGCUCUAGAUUGAUGUUGGAAGCCCCCAAGAUUCGAACCUUCGUUUUUUCGUCGAGGGAGCGGUGAACAGCUCCGCGCGAAAGUGGAAGGUGCUGCCUCGGGUUGAUCUCCCCGCGUCUGCAAUUCAUGCGUGCUUGAAAUGUUAUUGCGGGAUCUGAUCUUGACUGGGUAUGGAUGACAUAGCCGCCGCCCAUGCUCGACAUUUGCUAUAUUGCAAAGGAACGCUUCAGAGUCUUGAGCAUGAUUGCGCAGCACUCCUGUUGCACAAGGUAGAGAAAGAUCGCUCCAUCAGAAUCGCAGGUUGGUAGACAUCUAUUUUGCUUUGUAGGGGGUUAGGUUGUCGGAUCGGUAGGAAUCGGAGAGAACGAGGGUGGGUCGGUGAGAAGGUUGCUGGGGUCUCUGCAGGGAGAGGGUUCUGAGUCGGUGUGUGGCAAGAAAGGGGGAAAGGAAUGGCGCUUGCAAGCUCGCAACCAUGGGUGGAGAAGUACAGGCCGAAGAGUGUGUCAGAGGUAGCAUACCAAGAGGAGGUUGUGAGGACGUUGAAGAACACGCUAGAGACGGGAAAUCUGCCUCACUUGUUAUUCUAUGGUCCCCCAGGGACAGGGAAGACAUCGACCGCUCUUGCUAUCGCUCGUCAACUGUUUGGCCCAGAGCUUAUAAAGUCGCGGGUGUUGGAACUGAAUGCCAGUGAUGACCGUGGGAUCAACGUCGUUAGGACCAAGAUCAAGGACUUUGCAGCUAUUGCUGUGGGAGCUGGUGUGCCAGGCUACCCUUGUCCUCCCUUCAAGCUUCUCAUCCUGGAUGAAGCUGAUUCGAUGACUGAAGAUGCGCAGAACGCUCUCAGACGCACAAUGGAAACCUACACCAAGGUUACGAGGUUCUGUUUCAUCUGCAACUACAUAAGCCGAAUCAUAGAGCCGUUGGCAUCACGGUGUGCCAAGUUUCGGUUCAAGCCACUGGUCAGUGAUAUCAUGGUGAAGCGGAUCUCGUAUAUCUGUGACCAAGAAGGUUUGACACUCCAACCGGAGGCAAUGGACACCCUGUGUCGCAUAGCAGAUGGAGACAUGAGGCGGGCAAUCACCUCCCUACAAAGCGCAAGUCGACGAUACGGACAUUGUCUGAUGAAAAAGGACAUUCUCAAUGUGUCUGGAGUCGUGCCUGACGAAGUGGUGGCUGACCUCCUGACCACCUGCAAGAGCGGUGUAUUUGACCGAGCACAAGCGGCCGUGACCAAUGUCGCUGCAGAAGGGUACCCAGUGUCACAAAUCUUGGCACAAAUGCAGGACCGUGCUGUUGUUGCUCAAGAUAUGACGGACGAGCAGAAGGCAAGGAUUUGUUUGCGCAUUGCGGAGGCUGAUAAAUGCUUGAUUGAUGGCGCUGACGAGUUCCUGCAGCUUCUGGAUGUUGCGAGUUGUACAAUGCGAGCAUUGUGUAACAUGCCCCAAGAGUGUACAUAUGGGUAGCAGUUGGGCUUGCUUGCUAUUAAAGGGGGGCCCAAUCUCGGUAUGCGAUUAGUUACUGCGCGGAUAGUCUAGUCUAGGGUGUAGCUUCCAAGGCAGGGAGUUACCCUGUGUACUUCCUUUUUCAUGUGUUCCCCUGUCUUUUUUUGGGGGGUGCGUUUAUUUUGUUUAGUUAUGCAAGGCACUCCUUGUUCUUGCUGUCUCACUUUGGCCAUAUUGUGGCUUUGGACAGCCCCUUGAGAGCACUGUGAGAGUCUGUGAGAGAGUUGUGAUGGAAGGGAUGGAAUCUUUAGUGCAGGUUUUCCACUUGUGUUCUAGUGUGUAAUGUCCGGUCUCCCACACUGAAAUACAAAGGAGUGGUAUCGUCAGUACAUACCAGGUUUUUCCACUUGUAUUUUACAGUGUAAUGCCUACCAAGU